GCAAUAAGCUUCCAGGACUCAGAUUUUUUAGAUGUCUCCCGUUCGUGACGAAGGCAACACGCAUCUCGCGCGUGCAAUUCCUCUUCCGAUAUUGUUACGUACGCAAUUCUGAGAGACGCUCAAGUAUUUUAUAUCAGUGACAGUUCAAGUGUUUUAUUGUUGUGGGAUGGUGGUACUUUUUGUGAUCAAAGUUUGGAGAGAUCGGAUUUGAUUGCCCGACGAGACGUAAAGGAGUUAUAUCAUGAAGAGACUGUGCCACUAUAAUACAGGGCUUAUCAACAUUUUAUAUGUCGCGUCGUGAAACCCGCUAUAACUUUCACACAUGGUGAUUUUUGUUUCGAGUGACAAAGUGGUGCGCUUUGUGUUGUGAUGUUGCGAGAGUUCCUCAUAAAAGGCGGUAUUGCCAAAUACAUUGUCACCGGUGAAGAUGGGCCGUAAGAGUUACACAUUUUCCGUUGGAAACGGCAACAUGAUCUUGAUUAUUUACACUGCACUACUUCUCUGGAGGAUUGAUUGCGUCGUCGAGAGUACCAAAGUAGUGAAAAGCAGUAUGCGGCAUCAGACUACCUCACCAUUAAGCCGGGUGGGCCCCACGGCCUCCCUGAGGGACGCCGAACCUGACUUCCUCGGACCAAUCGAAAACGUCACUGUGGCUCUGGGCAGGGAAGCCGUACUCACAUGCUCCGUGUCAGACCUAGGGGAUUAUAAGGUGGCAUGGAUACGAGCAGAUGAUCAGACCAUCCUCACGCUACACACUCGGUUGGUGACGCAUAGUUCGCGCUACGCCGUCACCAACGACUCGCCAAGGUCUUGGCAGCUCCACAUCAGGCCAUUGAAGGUGGAAGACCGGGGCUGCUACAUGUGCCAGAUCAACACCAGUACUAUGAAGAAGCAAAUAGGCUGUGUUGACGUUCUAGUGCCUCCAAAUAUAAUGGAUGAAGGCACCAGUGGAGAUGUGGUGGCGAGAGAGGGUCAAGAUGUAAGCUUGUCCUGCAGAGCUGGUGGCAGGCCAUUACCACGCAUCCUGUGGCGAAGAGAAGACGGCACCAACAUACAACUGAGGAACGAGGUUGGGGAACUGAAAAAAGUGGACAUGUUUAUGGGGCAGAAUUUGAACCUUACGAAAGUGGAGAGACGGCAGAUGGGAGCGUACCUCUGCAUCGCUUCCAACGACGUACCACCGUCUGUCAGCAAACGCAUCAUGCUCAGUGUUAACUUUCAACCGUCGAUAGUAGUGUCGACGAAGGUAAUAGGUGUCCCCACUGGAUCACACACCAGGCUGGAAUGUUACAUUGAGGCUUACCCACAGUCUAUAAACUACUGGCUGAAAGGUGGCGAAGAAAUGAUCCUUGCUGGGGAAAAGUACGAUUUAUCAGAGGAACGUCUUUUUGCAUAUCAAACGCGAAUGGCACUUACUAUAACAGACUUCGUCACCGAAGAUUCCGGCACUUACACUUGUGUUUCUACAAACACCAUUGGAAAAGCCGAGGGAACGAUUAGGUUGUAUGAAAUCAAAAUUACUACAACGACGACGACAACAACUACUACAACAACAACUACUACUACAACGACAACGACCACAACAACACCACCUCCUACCACCACCGAGUAUUUUCCGCCCAGAUUUGUAGUGCCACUUCAGCCAGCUGAGCAAAAAUUUUACACGCCUGACGUUACUACUUAUGAUACCAUGCAAAAUGUUAUUGAACAGUCAGUGCUUGACAACAACUGGUUACCGACUGCCGAAUCUGCGGCGUGUCGCAGCCACCAAGCGUUUACUCUGUCCGUACUUAUUUUCUUGUCAGUAUUGCCAUAUUUAAAAUAUAUAAUUGUUAGUAGUUUCCAAUCUCUACUAUUCACACUAAAUAGGUUUGAAGUUAUAUUACUGUCACAUGUUUUAAGAUGAUGAGUUAUCGUGAUCAAGGUGUUUGUUUCUUGAUUAUCAUCCAUGUCAAUUUAGCGUAAUGUUGUAAAAAUUGUUAUUAUGUUUUAUUUUAUAAAUAUAAUUUAAUGGAUGUAGAUAGGUAAUCGAAUCAGACUAGGCACUUACAUAACGAACAAAAUGUUUUAAUAAAUAAUUGUAAAUGUUAUGUACUCCUAAUGUUACCUACGGAAUAAAAUAUUGUGAAAUCGAGUACUAAAUGCUUUAUAGGGUUGUUCCGUAUUUUUCCUAUGACGCCUCAUUCUACUCAUAUUUUUUUUCCUUGCCAACCUAUGUGCCUACAACUUUCAUCGAUAUUGAAAUAAGUUUAUUAUUCUUGAGAACAAUAAAUAAACCGUGUUCACUUGGGUAUUCGUUUGCGGAUGGAUUUGGGUGUAAGUCAAACCGAUUAUAAGUAUCUUCAGACAAAAAUAUACCGUAUACUAACAUACAAUUUUCGCUCCCUUGUUUAAUUAAAUUUCAUCGAGUAAAUUCGAGUACGCAUCAACUUUCACAUGUUGAGUUUGUUUAUAAAGGUUAGGUUACACAUAAAGCGGUACCGGCGCGGUCUACUCGGGCUGUUUUGUAUUCUUUGUAUAAAAUUCAAAGUAUUCUGUACUGUAACGGAUCAACACGUUAUGCCGUUCCAUUUAUUCGACCUGAAACCGCUUUUUGGUAAGGUGCCGGUAGCGUUAACUGCACUCCAAAAAAUAGGACGACAACCGCUCGCGGCAGCAGAUAAUGCUAUAAUCGUUAUGGCUUAGCGGCGGCUGUAUUUAGACAGACUUGUGUGCCAUUUUCAAACCUCGUUAGGUUGCCACUCACUACAAAAUCGCUGAUUGACAGCUUAAAAUAGAAACCAAGAAAACAGACAAAGUAAAGUUUUAUUGUAAUUUAGAGUAGUAAAUAAGCUUUAAGCCGGUCUGGAGUUCGACCCUCUUUCUCCGAAACGAACUUUCUAUAGCUAACGAAGUAUUAAUGAAAUUUAUUUUCCUCAAUUUGAGAUUAUAAUUUGAACUAUAAACUAUCUUAAUUUUUCAUUGAGUACGCUUAUAGAAUCUAAACUUCAAUCUAUUUUCGGGUGAACAAAUAUAACUAUAACGAAUAAGAAACAUAGUAAGAAAUGUGUGAAGUUUCGCUUGAAAUUUCGUUUUUCGUUGAAUUAGAAAAUGCAACUUCAUUUCCCUAUCAUUACUGGUUACCAAUUCCAAAAGCCUAUAAGCAAUUGUAUACUGGUCAGUGCCAUUCGUGGGUUUCACUUUUAAAUACAAAUUUAGGGCUUUCAGUAUCUUUAAUAAAAUUAAAUGUCUUAAUGCUACCUACUUCAUUGCAUAAUACUAUAUUAACUCCAAUUGCAUGGAAUCUCUGCCAAUCAGUGGAAUACAAUCGACACAUAAGAUUAGAAUUUUCUCAAUCGAUUGUGAAUAUUAGAACAAACCAAAGAAAUGACACCAUUAUUUUCAGUAACAUUGUGUUCACGGUAUUUCGAUUGCGUCGUAUUAGGAAAUCGGAGAUAUUCCAAAUCUUGGAAUCUCCUAAUAUAUAUACCUAUAUUUACCUAUCUACAUCUUUAGACAUAUUUAAUACUCACAUGCUUAUAUAUAUUUAAUUUAAGGUAUGCAGUUAAAAUGUUUUUAUUAUUGGCGCAACAUUAAUGGGGCUUGACGUAUGUAAAUAAUAUGUUAUGAUUAAUAGGCUGCACUUCCACCAGCGCUAUAUUAUGUAUCGAAUUAAAAAAAACUUACUCCGUUCACUUAAUUCCCAUGACACAUUAUAAAAGUUACGCUUUUGAAAACUUAUUCGUGCGUGUCAUUAAGAGAAGUAUAUGCAAAAUUAUUUUUCCAUAUAAUGCAACGUUAUUGCGAAUAGUACGAUACAAAUAAAAGUUAAUUAAAUAGAGCAUUUACAUGUAGAGUCAAGUGGGAGAUAGUGUAACAAAGCACGCAGUGUAACAUAAUCAAUAUCUCUCUAUUAUACCUGGCCAUUAGACAUCUAACGAUAGUUGUUUAUGAUGGCAGCAUUUGAAACUAAUAAAACACGCCAAGACAGACCAUCGAAAAAAAAGAAAAGGCCAGAGAUAUUCCUUGUGUUACACUGUGUCCCUUGUUACACUCUCUCCUACUUUACCCUAAUAUAACACGUUUAAAAUGCUGCGCUGUUUUCGUCAUAAUGCUCAUGGAAAGUAAGGCUUUACUUGUAAUUUCCUUUUCUAUUUUGUGUAAACUUUUCUUUGAAAGGUCAAACUAUUAAGCGUCGUGCUAAAUGCUCGUAUGCCCUUGUCUGUACUCACCUUUAUAUAAAUAAUUACACUUUCGUGUAAUUGUAUAAACUUGCACCUACGCAGCGUCGUAUUUUAUAGGAAUUUUAUUCAAUGUAAAUUUCAUUAUUAACAUUCAUUCAAAAUCAUGUAUACGUUUACAAACCGUAUUUUUUUUGUAUUUCACGAGCGUAUAGAAAUAUUUUUGGACCACAACUCGAGGAAAAUGAUUUAUCAAUGUGUGAAUAGGCAGUAAUGAAGUGAUUCCAUUAGCAGAGUUUUCCAUUUCGCACCAAUGGAAAAGCAGCCUGAUUGUAACUCUUAAGAAUUUUAUUGUUACAUAACGUAUUAACGCACGACUUGAGCUUUCCAUGUUUACGGAGUGUUCCGAAUCCAUAAAAGUGUGUAUCAGAAGAUUUAACAAUAUACAUAUAAGUAUAGAAAAAAGUUUUCUCAUAAACCGAAUAUAAGUUUGUGCCGUGAUUACCAUUGAGGGUGUGUUCUUCAAACUUCUGUGUUAGGAACGCGUAUUCACCGCAUUCAUGUAAACGAAACAAAAAGGGAACUUCGUUCAAAACACUGUUUACAAAACGUUCACUUUAAUUAACAUGUUCUUCUCAUAACACACUAAGGAAGCUAAUCCCUCAAGUAUCUUAUGGCCACGGCGUAUAGUUUCCAUGGUAAUUAACCCUUUAGCUUUCUCAACAUACAAUACAAGCUAAUCAGAGACCGGAUGAAGACGUGUUCCAAACACAAUAACAUAGAACUGCGUAUACUAAAAGGUUAAUUCACACAACACUACUUUUUAGCCAACGAAUAUAUCUUACACAUAAUAAACAUAACGACAACAUAAUAAUCAUAAAGAGGCAUAUCAAAUAAUCAUGUAUAAAUAGAGUUAACUUGUAAAUAAUGAAACAUAUAGGUGAACAAGUUUUAGAAAUAGAUAUGGGAAAAUAAAACAUAGAGUGUAAGAUAUAGCAACUGUUUUUAUUUAUAAAUAUUAAAACAAAAGUUAUGAAGAGUGUGAAAAAAGACAAGCAACUGCUCUCAGAUACGUCUACAUAGUUUUAAUUUUUAUUUAAGCUAAUGUUAUAUUUGUUAUUUUUUAAGAUAAAACUGCUAGAUGUUUAAAUCUAAAGAAACAUUUUUAAGAAAAAAAAUCCACGCGGACCAGGCAGCAGACGGGACUCGAACCAGCACCCUACGCUAUCCGGGCGAAUGCACUGACCAUUUUGCUACCGCUGCCCU